GAAUAUUAUUUUAUUUUUUAUAAUUUGCUUAAUAUUCGCGUGAAAUUUUCUCGCUUUUAAGUUUUGUUGUCACUUUUCAACACGUGUACGAAACACUUGCAGAUGACGAGGAAAUGAUUAUCUGGAUGCUAAGUAUUUUAGCAGAUUAUGACACCUUGUGAUGCAUAAAUAUAUUAGCAAGCUAAAAUUAGAAACAUUUGUUUUCGUCAAAGAAGUUUGAAUGCGGACAAAAUUUGAACAUGGACAAGAGUUUUUUUGUGAAAAAUAGCCAUGAAAAAAUUGCAGAGAAUCUAUUAGAAAUUAGUGCAGAACAUGGUACUAAUAAGCCAUAUAGCUGUCGCAUGAAAAACGUAAACAUGGCGCCUUGGAUAGAAGCACCAACUACUAAAGUCACUGCGCGUCACGAGAGCGUAAAAGAAAAGAAAUUGAAAAACUUUGUGAAAGACUGCCAAAACUGUAGAAAGUUAACAAAAAAUUGCACGUACUCUUGUCGAAAUCGGAUGAAAUUCACAUAUCUUGAUGAUGUCAGCAAAUAUAUGAGGGAUUAUCAUGAGAUGUACUCAACUACUGGGCACGUAACACAUCAAACUCCCAACAGUGUGGCGACAGAAGAAUGUGUUGACACCUUACCAAUCCUAAACCAAGAAGUCGCAGCAAAUCAAAAUUCACCUUUUAAUGAGACGCAAGAAUUGUUUAUUACUGGUCACACUGCAUCCAAACAUCGCCAUCAGGAACAUUUGAAAAUAAAAACGAAGACUACGAAUGCCAGACGAAAAAUGGUUGAGAUAACUCGUGUUCAACUUCCUGAUAUUGGUGAUAGCUAUAUUGUCACAGGAAAAGGGUUCACCAAAAAUAAAUGAAGACACCAUUACAGUGCAAAUGCAAUUCUCAGUACGAACAUUGCCAUUGCAAUGGCCUCCAUAUUCCCACCCCUUCCCUGGAUGCUAAUAAUACCAUGCCAUGCAUAGGUGCGGAAAAUAUCAACAGUAUCAAACAAUAUUGGAAGGGAAGAGCACAAGUGUUAUUUAUUUGAGUUCCAGGAUAUUAAUGAACAAAGAUUCUCUAGCUGCGACCUAGAGUUAGACAUGUGGACAAAAUUUGGAAUUGUAAAGAAAAUCGGAAAGAACAUUUUUAGUAUUAUUUAUUUUGAGUAAUAUAUUAUUAAAUAUACAUUAGAUUAAUUUAUGAUACAAAUUAUGUUUUGAUAAAAAUAAUUAAGGUUUAUUCAUAAAAGUAAAUAUUGACUUUAUAAUUUUGUGUCACAAUACUAUAAACAAACAAACAAACAAACAAACAAACAAACAAA